AUGCAGUCUGGAAUCUCGGCAUCGAAGGAGCUGGUCUCCCAAUUCAACGACCUGCUCUCCUCCGACAAACACUUCGGCCUCCUCGUGACUAUCGCUUCGGAGCAGCUGCGGCCGUUACAACUCCUGACGCCAUCGUCCCCCGCAUCUUUCGAAUCCAAUGUCGAGUCUCUGCUAGGGCCGCAAAUCAAGCCCAACGAGGCCCUAUAUGUCAUCCUCCGCAGACACCCGUCCGCUCCGGCCUUUGUGGCUGUGACGUACGUGCCCGACACUGCUCCCGUGCGCCAGAAGAUGCUGUUUGCCUCGACGCGCCUGACUCUCGUGCGCGAGCUCGGGAGCGAACACUUCCGUGACACCUUCUUUGCCACCAUGCCCGAGGAGCUCAGCGCGGCCGGAUUCAAGAAACACGACGCCCACAGCGCGCUGGAGGCCCCGCUCACAGAGGAGGAGAGGAGCCUGGGUGAAGUCAGACGCGCGGAGCAGGAGGCAGGCAUGGGCACGGGAACCCGCGAGAUCCAUCUGAGCAAGAACCUGGCCACGCCAAUCGCCGAGGACGCGCUUCAGGCCUUGAAAGACCUCGGGGCGGGAGACAAGCGGACAUUGGUCAUGCUGAAAAUUAACCCGGAGUCCGAGUCUGUCGAGCUAGUCCCCGACCACUCCGCCCCUACGUCAAUCCCCGAGCUCGUGCAGACUAUCUCGGCCACAGAACCCCGUUUCACCUUCUACCGGUUUACGCACACGCACAAUGACAGCGAAUCCAGCCCCCUGCUGUUUCUCUACACCUGCCCCACCAACUUUAGCACCAAGGCCAUCAAGUUCCGCAUGAUGUACCCCCUCAUGAAGCGAGCCGUGCUUACCAUUGCGGAGAAGGAGGCCGGCCUGCAGCCAGACAAGAAGUUCGAGGUGGAGGAUGCCUCCGAGAUCACAGAGGAGGGCGUGAUGGAGGAACUACACCCAAGAGCCGAAGUGAAGAAGGGGUUUAACCGUCCCAAGCGACCUGGGCGCUAA